UGCUCCGAACAGGACUCAGCGGUCAUGGCCGGCACACUGCCCCAGCAGGGCUCCCCAAACUCCGGCUACAGCGCCAACAACGCCGCGGCUGUGCCAACUGUCACCCAGACAGACUCCAGGGACAAAUGGAGUAAAAAGAUGGACUUUCUUCUGUCUGUCAUCGGUUUUGCGGUGGAUUUGGGAAACGUUUGGAGAUUUCCUUACAUUUGCUAUCAAAACGGAGGCGGUGCUUUCCUAAUCCCUUACAUUUUGAUGGCUAUCUUUGGUGGCGUACCGCUGUUUUACAUGGAGCUGGCACUGGGGCAGUUUCACAGAACUGGAGCCAUAUCCAUAUGGAAACACAUCUGUCCCAUUUUUAAAGGAAUAGGAUAUGCCAUAUGUGUCAUCGCUCUGUAUGUGUCCUUUUACUACAACACCAUCAUCGCCUGGGCCCUCUUCUACUUCUACUCCUCCUUCUCCAGCAUCCUCCCAUGGACAAACUGCAAUAAUGUCUGGAACACCCCCAACUGCACCAACUACUUUGGCAUGGAUAACGUGACUUGGACAAAUUCCUCCAGGUCUCCGGCAGAGGAAUUUUACACGAGAAACGUUCUUGAGAUCCACAAAUCUUCAGGGCUGAGAGACAUCGGGGGCGUUCGCUGGCAGCUGAUGCUCUGCCUCUUUCUUAUUUUCACUAUAGUCUACUUCAGCCUCUGGAAGGGUGUGAGAACCUCAGGGAAGGUUGUGUGGGUCACCGCCACCUUGCCGUACAUUGUGCUCUUUAUCCUGCUGAUUCGUGGUGCGACUCUGCCAGGGGCCUGGAGAGGAGUGGUAUUUUAUCUGAAACCACAGUGGGACAAGCUGCUAGAGACCAGUGUGUGGGUGGAUGCUGCUGCUCAGAUCUUCUUCUCUCUGGGUCCUGGGUUUGGGGUUCUCCUGGCUCUUUCUAGCUACAACCCUUUUACAAAUAACUGCUAUCGUGAUGCAAUUGUGACAAGUUUGGUGAACUGUCUGACAAGCUUUGUGUCGGGCUUUGUAAUCUUCACGGUUCUGGGCUACAUGGCCGAGAUGAGGAAAGUAGAGGUGGAGGAUGUGGCCAAAGAUAAAGGGCCAAGUCUACUGUUCAUCACAUACCCGGAAGCAAUUGCAAACAUGAUGGGGUCUACUUUUUUUGCAAUCAUUUUCUUUGUGAUGAUGAUCACACUGGGACUCGAUAGCACGUUCGGAGGGCUGGAGGCAAUCAUCACCGCUGUGCUGGAUGAAUAUCCAGAGUACUUCUCUCACAGACGUGAGCUUUUUGUUCUAGGCUUGGUGUUCGUCUGUUUUUUGGGCUCUCUAAGCACCCUUACAAAUGGUGGGGCCUAUGUGGUGAAGCUACUGGAAGAGUUUGGAGUAGGAUGCUCCAUUAUUGCAGUGGGUUUCCUUGAAGCUGUUGCAGUUUCUUGGUUCUAUGGGAUCAAAAGAUUUAGUAAUGAUAUUCAGGCAAUGCUUGGCCAAGCACCAGGAUUGUUCUGGAGAGUGUGCUGGGUCGCCAUAAGUCCUGCAUUUUUGGCGUAUAUUAUAGUGAGCUCUCUGCUGAAAACACCUCCCCUCACGCUGUUUGACUAUAAGUACCCAGACUGGAGUAUCACGGUCGGUUACAUAAUUGGCUUCUCUUCCUUCAUGUGGAUCCCCAUCUACAUGGUCUACAAGCUGGUGUGGACCCCUGGUUCUCUCAAACAGAGACUGGCUGUGUGUCUGAGACCAGAGAGGACCAUCCCAGAGAUCCAUCCUGACAGCCUGAACAUGGCCACCGUCUCACAGAAAGACAUGACCACCACCGUGUGCUUCUGAACUCCUCUUUGAACCACAUUUUAAAGUCAUUUGUGAUUGAACCCCUACAUGAUCUGUCAUCUUGACUGUUCUCCUGGUGCUGAUGUUGAACAUGUCAGCUAAUUUUCACAGCAGAUUGGUGAAAAAUUCAAGGCUGCUACACAGGAGGAUCUAACAUAGCAAUAGGUACAUCUUUGCUCCAGGUGUGAUUCAGACCUGUAUCACCUGCGCAGUCCACAGCUCCAUAAUAUAGCUUUUUUUCUCAUGUGAUGCUAGCUUGUUGUAAGUGGUAUUUCAUUUUAAUAACUUUAAUUUAUGUAGUUUUAUUUAAAUUAAAUUCAUUAUGGCAUAUAGAGUAAUGUAUUUUAAUUGUUUAUGUAUCUGCAUUUUGAGGACUAUGGUUUACAGAAAACAAAAAGCCUAAAGUUUAGUAUCUCAGUAAAUUGGAAUAUUAUAUAAGGUUAAUAAAAGGAUUUUACUUCAGGCAUUCUGACUAGUGCUGUACUGCUGUCAAUACUGGGCAUUUGGAAUGAAUUAUUGCAUGGAUUCAGGCUGGCAAAGAGAAUAUCCUUAUGUUGUCCUGCUAGGAUGAUAAGGAUAUUGGGUUUCUCUGGUGGCUGUAGAUUAAAACAUGAUUUUCUAAAAUGUCCUGGUGGACAACCGCAUGACCUUUAGACUUGAGAGGUCACAGUCGAUGACAUGGCUCUUAAAUUCAUCAAUGGAUGUGGAAACUUUACAGUGAACCUCAAGCAAGUGGGAUUAUGCGCCUUUCUACUCUUCCUCCAGAUUCCAAAAAAAAGAAAAAAACAAGUUUUAUUUUAAGUAACGAAAAAAAUUUAAAUUCUUUGUCAAAAGUCUAGCCCCGAUAGGAUGCUCAGAUAGUUCUUCUUUAUAAUUUUGUAUAAGUCUGUUGCUCAUCCUCCAUGUGAAGGGGAGACAGCUACCUUAUCUUUAGCAGGACUGUUGUUAGGUCAGCAGUCUUUUCCCUAGUUAUGCUGGAUAUUUACUUUUCAGUGUUUUAGUUAUUGUUAUUAUCUGCAAGCCAUAAUUAUCAAGAUGAACAGAAAUAAGACUUUGAAAUACAUCACUCUGUAAUACAUUGUAUAUCAUUGAAAUUAAUUUACUUUUCGAAUAUUUGCUAAAUUAUUGAGAUGCACCUAUAUAAGGCUUUGGAAAGGACAUUAAUACUUAGAUUAUAUCAUUUUAUUAUUGAUGUCAUUAGGCAGACUCUGCUACAGCAUUUUCUCUACUUUGGUCAAAUGUAAAGAUGUUAUGUUUGAUCCAAAGUAUCUCCAACAAAGGACGAGAUAACAAUUCUUUUCAUAGCAAAUCUAAUUUCCGGAGAAAAAUAUUGCUUUUAUUUUUUGGUUUAGUGUGGUUAGGCACAAACCACAUUGACAGGUAUCCAGUCUUCAUUAAAUAGUUGUAUUUCAUUAGGAUCUGAUAACUUUUACCUAAAAAAAAGUUAAUAUUUAGAUCCUACAAGAUAUAAAUGAACAAUACAAAAAAUAAAUAAUAUACAUUCUCUUACAUUAAAAGCAGACAUCUUUCUUUCAUUAUAUCGCUGAAUAAUUGUCUAUUUUCUCAAACUCUUAAGUCAAUAAUUCCUAUAAACAUAAUAAAAAAGAAUACAUAUAGUGUCCUUUGACUCUGGUUGGACUGUUUUGCCUUAAGCUAAACAUGUGCACACAGUAAAGGUGGUACUGAUGCUGUGCCUCUCCACUGAGGUUUUUAUUCUAAAGACUGUUCAGAUGUGUAUCAUCAGAUGUAUUAUGUUUUAGUCAGAAGUUAUACUUUAAAUGGUUGAUUCAGAGACUUGUGUGAUGAUUGUUGUGUCCUCCCUGGCAUGAUUUCUGCAAAUUGUCUAUAAAGUAAUUAUAAUACCUGG